CUCAUGCAUAUUUGGAAAGCCACAGUGGUCAGGUGAAGUCCCCGGUGACUGGAAAAAGGGAAACAUCACUCCCAUUUUCAAAAAGGGGAGAAAGAAAGAUCCAGGGAACUACAGACCAGUGAACCUCACUUCUGUUCCUGUGAAGAUCCUCCCAGAAGAUAUGACUGGAGUUUCUCAUUAUGCACAUUUUACAAGAUUCCAUGGGUUUUCUGUGCUACAGCUCCCUCAGAUCUUCACCCUGCAAUGUUAGAGAGGAAACUUUCUAUGAAGCACAGUCCUCAAUGAAAGAUCAAAAUACUUCACCUUCGUCACAGGGUAAAACUCCCAAUACAACGUGUUCACCUACUUGCUGUUCACUAAUUGAAGAAAUCCCUAAUAUCAAGUUAUGGUGACAAAAAAGUACUCCAAAAGCCUGAAAACUCUGGCAUCUCCAUUAGGUGCUUGAAAAACUCAUUUAGGUUUAAAAAUGUCUGAUUGGAAAAAUAUUGUACACAGAACCCGUUGUAUUGAAAAACUGCUGUCUGAGAACAAUUUUCAAGAUAUUGAGGAUCAUCUUAAAGAACUUGAAGAUGUUGUUAUGAUUGUAGAAUAUCUUCAGGGGACAGAAGUUACCAAGGCUGUAUACAGAGUACUCAAGAGCUGCCCUUCAGGACGGUUGAAAAAGAAAGCAAAGCAGUUAUUAUCAAGGUGGAAAGCACUUUACAAGAAUAACUGUGUUCGGUCAAUGCAAGUUAGACAGUCAUUUUCUGCGUAUGUGAAAGAGGAAAUUGGGCAUUGCAGUGUGGUUCCUAGAGAGCAGUUGCUGUCUGAAGGACCAUAUCAGGAGGAGGCAAUAGCUGGUACUAGUUCCAGCUUUUUGGUCCCAUCACAAACUGUUAAAAAUGGGGUAUGUAACAAUGCAGAAGGCAGUAUGAAUCAGCCUUCUUCUUUUGAGGAGCAACACAUUGUUAAUGAAGAUUCUAAAUCUGUUGUUAAUGGAGCAAGUCUGCCAUCAGGACCCGAUGAGAGCUCUAGGUAUAAAUGUACAGAUCUUCUAUAUAAAGCUUUGAUUGGUUCUGCCAAAGAUGAAGAAGAAACUGUUAAAUGGCUACAGUUAUCUAAAGAAAUUGAAAAACAUAUUUUUGCUCUUCAUGCUAAAAAUGACAAAAAAUAUAAAAAUUGCAUCAGAAGUAAAAUCUUUAACCUGAAGAACCCUAAAAAUUGCCACUUGAAACAUAACCUUUUUACAGGGACUUUGAGCCCAAAGGCUUUUGCUGAGAUGACAGUGAUGGAAAUGGCCAGCGAUGAACUGAAACAGCUCAGGGCUCUGUACACAGAAUCAUCUGUUCAGGAACAUCAGCUUCCACAAGUUAUUAAUGGCACACAGACAAACAAAAUAAAGUGUAGGCGCUGUGAAAAAUUUGAUUGCACUGUCACUAUGAUCGCCAGAGGAACUCUCUUUCUUCCAAGUUGGGUGCGAAACACGAAUCCAGAUGAACAAAUGUUGACUUACGCUGUUUGUAAUGCAUGUGGAGAGCAGUGGUAUCACAGCAGAUGGAUUUGUUUGUAACACUAUCCCUUCUUAAUAAGUGGUUUGCAAACAUCGAUAUGAGAGAGUGCUGCCACGGCCCGAGGGAAAAAGGGAUAGGGACGCGGCACCACACAAAGGGUUCAGACGCAGCUGAGGGUCUGGGUGCAAUGCCGAUUUAUGGAUCAAACAAUCCAUCCAACCCCUCACUGCGGGAUUGGUGGAUAUCUUGAACUAAAUUUUUCAACUGAUUGAUACUCUGAUGAAUUGACUGUGCAUGAUCCGAAAAAUUCAUGCAGCACAUGCCUUCGAACUCAUGGCACCCAUGUCUGUGUGCCAGGAGUAGGAAGUCAAUGGCUGCACGAUUUUGUAAAGUGAUUUCUUUUAACUUUUGUGUAUCUGCUAGCAGGCCUUCGAUCGCAGUGGUGGUGGCAUUAGCUUCCUUGGUCAGCCAGCAACCAAGGUGGGUCAAAAGGGAUAGGGCAUGGGCUGUUCCUAUGCCCGGGAUCGGGAAGGAAGCCCAGAAAUUUUUCAUGCGGGAUCAGAUGUGGAUGUUGGAAUCGCAAUCCGCCGGGAAGGGUAAAGGAGGUGGCGGAGUGACGAUUCCAGCGUCCACAUGUGGUGCCGCAACAGCACGGGGAGUAGUAACUUUUGGUUUUGGGCUGGUGGCGCAUGGUGGUGUUGUCUUUGGCUUAGGAAACCUAAGCGGUGCGCCCAUUGCAAAGGAUAGGGAUCUUUUAACUUGAUUCUUAGGGAUAGGGGGUUGAUCCAAUAAUUUAAACUUUGCUGGGUUAAAAAGUGCCACUUUUCCUACUGUGCAGGGACCCCCUUCCGGGUAAGCAGGAAUACCCUGCCAUGCCCAAUCCCGGCACAGAAGGAAAAACCCUUUUGGGAGUCUCAUAUUUCUGGGCACAAGUUCAGUUGCUACUGUAGUAGCAAUCGAAUUGUUACACCACAGCGAGGGGGUUCCUUGGUAAAUUGGUCUGCUAGCGGAUACAUUAUGGGGUGUGAAUAGAUUGGGCUCCGUGUAACGAUGAAAUAAGAUACAAUUAUUGGUGGGGAGAGAACAAGGAGGUCAAUUUCUUGGGGAGGAUCCGCAGUGAAAGCUUGGCCGGAAACAACCUGUGCUUAGUGUAACAGAAUUUAGUGGCAGGGAUCCCAGAUUCCGGGUUUGUGAUACAAAAGCAUUCCACUCCUCACCUGGAAUCACAGGAAUACCCACCAGGGACCUUUGAAAGGGGUUACCGGCGCUGGACAAGGCCAGGCACAAGGUGUCCGUCCCAGUGGCCUUGGCCAGCGUUACCCACAGGUUCUCUGUCGGCUUCUUCAUCCACUCUCUCAGGGGAGAUGAGGUAGACUUGUUGCAGAUCAGUCCUAAAGUGCCGAUUAAGAUGAUGCAGGCGCGGAAGGUCCACAACUUGUGUUGGGAUCCUGAUGUAUUCGUAUUCUUCUUGCUGGGACCCACUUAGGUCCUGUGCCACCUGAAAAACAGGCAUACCCUUUCCCCCAGGUGAUCAGGGGAAAAGGGCCCGUCCAGAUUUCUGUUAUGGGGUCUUUGUACAUUACUUUUGCUUUUUGAGUACUCUGUGGAAAAUCAGAUUUAAAGUGCUUGUCUACAGGACUUCUGUUUGUGUGAGUUUCAAAUUCCUCCAAUAAAUUUAAAAAAUUUAAGACGUACAUCACUUUCUCUAAUCUCUCUUGGGGGGUCAUGCCUGUACUCCCCCUUCUUUGUUUUUUGAGUAAAUUUUUUAUGUUUUGAUGUGCUCUCUCUACUAUGCCCUGCCCUGUGGGGUUGUAUGGGACUCCAGUGGUAUGGUGUACCCCCCAUUCUUCAAAGAAUCUCUUGGUGUCUGCAGAUACGUAGGAGGGUCCGUUGUCAGUUUUUAUUUGCUUCGGGACACCCAUCCUAGCAAAUGCAGAUAAAAAGUGUCUUUUCACGUCCCUGCUUUUUUCACCAGAAUGUGCGGUGGCCGCGAUCAUUUUUGAGAAUGUGUCAAUAGACACAUGUACAUAUUUUAGUUUUCCAAAUUCUGCUAUGUGCGUGACAUCUGACUGUCAAAUCUCCAACGCCGUUAAUCCUCUGGGGUUAGUUCCUUCUGGAACUAGUGGAGCAACCAUUUGGCAGUCAGGGCACGCUUUCAAAAUUUCUUUUGCUUGAUCCAAUUUUAAGCUGAAUUGUUUCUGUAGUGACCGCGCAUUCUGGUGAAAAAAUUCAUGGGAGAUUUUUGCUUGCUGGUAUAAAUUGGGGGUAACAACCAUACCUGCCAGAUGGUCAGCAAUCUGGUUUCCCUCCGCCACAGGACCUGGCAAAGUAGUGUGAGACCUUGUGUGGACAAUAUAGUAGCCGAAUUUCCUGUUUCCAAUUAAAAAUAGCAAAUUUUUCAACAGAUUAAAGAGUUUUCCAUUAGAUACUUCUUUCAAAUACGAAUUUUCAAUCCUUUUGACAAUGCCCACAACGUAUGCUGAAUCUGAUACAAUAUUAAUUGGUUCACUAUUAAAAAUUUGGAAGGUGCGAACAACUGCUGACAGUUCCACGAUUUGUGGAGAACCUUGAACUUUAUGAAUAUUCUGUUGCCAAUUGCCAUUUUCUCGCCAAACUAUUACCGCAUUUCCGGUUCUCCCAGAUCCAUCGGUGAAAAGCGUUUUGGCAUUUUUUAUUGGAAGGUCUGAUUGCAUAAUUUUUAAUUUUAAUGGAAUUGGAAUCAGUCUCUGUAAAAAUGGGCAUGCCGGGAGGUGAAAUUUGACUUCUCCCGGGUAACCCUCAAUGGCAAUCUGAAAAUCCAUGGAAUUCUGCAGCAGUUGUUCCAGAUGUUCAGAAGUCAGUGGGAGGUAAAUGCAACCUGGCUCCUCUCCACUGAGUUCCAAACACCUGGUGCGUCCUUUAAAGAUUCACUUGCCAAUCAUUUCAGCCAAUGUCACGAUAGUUUUUGAAAAUUGAUGUGGGAGGAAUAUCCACUCCCACAAACAGAAGUCCUUGGUGUCACUUGUGAAUUGGCCCAGAAUGGCCAGUGGUUGUUGUUGUUCCCUGAUAAUAACUAGGGAAGAUGGCAGUCCCUCUAUUUUUCUGUAAGAUUGUCUCUCUGAGAUUUUGUUUUCAACUGUGCAAAGGGCUUGUUCUGCUUCUGUUGUUAAAAAUCUGGGGGAGGACAAGUCUGCAUCUCCUUUGAGCAAUUCAAACAAGGGGUGCAAAUCACCACUUGUGAUCCCCAGCACUGGUCGGAUCCAAUUGAUCGCUCCCAACAGCUUCUGGAGGUCAUUUAAAGUUCGGACUUUCUUAUCAAUCAAAACUGAUUGAGACUUAAUGGUUUUGGCAGUAAUUUGGAGUCUGAGAUACCUCCAUGGUGCUUCCCUUUGUACCUUUUCAGGGGAUACUUCCAAUCCUUUGGAAUUUAGAGCCGAAAUUGUUGAAUUUAGAGUCUGCUCAACUGCCAGUUUUGUUUUGGCACAGAUCAAUACAUCAUCCAUAUAAUGGAAGAUGAUUGACUGUGGGAAUCUUUUCCUGAUUGGCUCCAACACUUUUGCCACAAACAUCUGGCAUAGUGUAGGAGAAUUUUUCAUCCCCUGGGGAAGUACCUUCCAUUGGAACCUGCGAUGGGGUUCACAAGCGUUGAUGGCCAGGAUUGAGAACGCGAAUUUAGCCGAAUCAGCCGGAUUGAGAUAAAUGUGGAAAAAACAGUCCUUAAUAUCAAUUACCACUAGGGGCCAUUCAGCAGAGAGCAUAGAUGGAAAAGGCGUUCCCUGCUGGAGGGCUCCCAUUGGUUCCAGGACUUUAUUUACUUUGCGCAGGUCCUGAAGAAAUCUCCAGGAACCUGAGGAUUUUUGAAUCACGAACACUGGAGUGUUCCAGGGACUGGUGGAAGACUCCAAGUGACCUUUAGCCAGUUCUUGAUUCACAAGGUCAUUUAGAAUUUGCAGCUUUCUUUUAGGUAGGGGCCACUGAUCUACCUAAACAGGUGUUUCGGUCUUCCAACUCAGUUUGGCCAGCUACACAUGCUCAGUGACCCCUCCUAAAAAUUUUCCUCCGUUCUCAAAGUUAACUGCCACUGUUCCAUGGCGUCCCGUCCCCAUAAUGUUAUUGGAAUAUUCAGAACGUACGGUUGCAGAGAUGCCGGCCUGCCCUCUGGCCCGUAUACUGUCAAUACCUCCCGACUCCUGACAGGGUGCUGCGAACCUCCCACACCGCUGACUUUGGUGUCUGUAGACUGAGCCAGCCAGCUGCACGGCCAGUCUCUGGAAGCUAGGAUGGUGACGUCUGCUCCCGUGUCUAGCAAUCCCUCCACCUUAACUUUCUGCAGGUGCCUAGGUGCAGAAAAAUAAAUAAGACAAGUUAAAAGAGGUCGCGAGGUCCUCACUGAGGUUGCCCAAUGGACUUCCUUCAGUGAUUCAUUCCCCUGUUCCUCGUCCUUGGACACUAUGCAGAGAAGAUCAUCGGUGGAGAUCAUCUUGGCAACGGGGAAGCGGCUCUCUAGCUGUACGGGUGGGAGAAGCACAGUUAGACAUACAGCGAUGUUAUCAUUGGUCAACCCUGUCAGGAGAGUGGGAACCACAACAAUGCCUCUUUCCACAGCUGAAAAGUGAGAGAUGACUAAAUAUGUCUUGUCCGGAUUCACAUUAGCAGAUGGCCUGACCCUGGCCAGCUGCUCUUAGGAACUUAAGUGAAUUGAAGGGUGUGUCACUGAUAAUAUAAUCCAUUUUAGCAGGGUACACUGUUGUUUAAAGGGAACUGGGUCUGCCGGAGGCUCCCGCACUACGGGGUAGCUGGGCGCGGUGUCGGGCGCAGGAUGGAACGGAGCUGACGGGAUACUUGUGUCAACGCGCCCCCCUGAGCGCUCUGUCCCCCGUUUUCCAAAUGCUCACAAGAGCACGGGAGAAGAUCUGGUAAAGAGCUGAAUGUUACUUUUCUCUUUAGCCCUGGGGAUUUUCUGGGGAGAAGGGGCUCGCCAUUGAUAUUUGUUAGUGAUCUACAACUCGAGGACCAAUGGCGGCCCUUCCCGCACCUCCGGCAGAGUGAUUUUGGAAGGUUAUGUUCAGGUGUUAAUCUGGGACAAUAUUUUUUAAAGUGUCCCUUCUACCCGCAAUUAAAACAUGAUUGUGACCCGGUGAGAGCAGCGGCCAGUAGACGUGCCUUAUGGGAGCCUGAGCCAGUAUUCUUGCAUGCGUCUAUCAUCUCAAGCAGAGAUGGGUCUUUCAACAUUUUUAGUGCUUUUUGGCAGUCCUUGUUAGCCUUUUCUAUAACCAAUUUAUUAAAUAAAAUUUCUUGACUUUCCUUUUGCUGGAGUUGCCGGCUAAUUGCCUCUUUUAAUCUUGUAAUAAAGUCCACAAAAGGUUCUUUGGGGCCUUGAUUAAUUAAUGUGAAAGAGGGGGUCUGGACAUAGGCGUCCGCCACCCUCUUGACUGCCUCCAUCACCAAUUCUUUUGUAACAUCCAAAAAUUUAGGUUCAAUUUGGGCCUGAUGGUUUCUGCUUGAGUCAUUUCCCUCGCCGUAAAGCAUGUCUAUGGCCUGUCUCACCGGGAUACCCCUUCUUUCCUUUUUUUCGUUAACAUAGGUAGUGAUCAGUUUUUUCCACUCUGUUUCGAAAACAGAUGAUUGAACAGUGGAAACAACUCUGUUCACUACCGCUCUUAUGUCAUAUGGGAUUAGUGUAUAAGCCAGGAACAAUGAUUCUAGGAGGCCGAUGGUAAAAGGCGCUCCUAACCCAUACUCCACUAUCGCCUUCUUUAUAUCCUUGAGCAUGGGAUAGGAGAUGGGCCUCCACUCUGGGGCCCUGCCCUCCUCUAGGUAUAUGGGAAAAGCUUUAAGGAAAUCCACGUCGUUUGCCUGCGCAGCCUCUUCCCUGAAGGCUUUCCAGAUGUUAGGCUGUUUUGAUUACCUCUCAGGGGAGUGCUGCGAGUAGUCUGUGUCCGAGUCUGGGUAGCGGCAGGCGGGGUAGGCCUCGAUGGUACAGGCCCUAUGGGUGUGGCCAUGUUGCCGGAAAACAGACUUGACCUUCACCCUGACCCCGCCCCUCGCUACCCUUCCGUCUCUAGAGGGAGGUCUCUCUGGUGAAGAGGCGGAACUGGAGGGAGAGGCCGUGUGUGUGGGCGUGUCGGGAGAGGGGUCACUGACACAUGCAGGUGGGGGCGGAGGCAGUCUGGAGGGUGGUACCGAGGGGGCCCGCACCCUCUUCUCCCGCGCUGGUGACUCCCACGGCGACUUUUCCCGCCUUCGCUCCUCACGCUUUCUGCCUCCCUCCUUCCCGACGCCAUUUUGUGCACGCCGUGAUGUCUUUCCUUCCCUCCCGCCAUCUUGUGUCAGUCUCGAUCUGGUAGAUGUCUCUGGGAGGCUGCUAUUCGUGCUCAUCAUCUGGUGCUGUAGCACCAUCAGAACAAGCCUCCAAGCUAUCAGCGCCUCUUUCACUGUCCGGUCCCCCCUGUCAUUAUCUCGCCACAGGCUGUAGCCAAUGGCUUGCCACUGGUCCACAGAGGUAUCCUCUGUAAGCUUAUGACCUUUGCGGUCCAGCCACUUGGCGAGUGCUUUUGCAGAUUUUUUUGUCUAGGGGGUGACCGUGCUCAAUGAUGAAAUCUUUGAGGUGUCUGUAAACAAACUUUUGGGAGGUGGACAGCGAGAGUCCCAUUUUGAUGUUUUAAAGACUUCUGUGACAGUCCUUGGUGUUACUAUUCUUCCCUUUUUUGUUUUUUGGGUGAGGGUAUUGGGGUGGGAAGUGGACUGUCCCCAGCUGCUCACCUUCUUCUGGUGUGUCAACCUGUGCAACUCCGCAGCCCACAGUCGUCCAUCCAGCUGGGGGGGACCGGUGGGAUGAUCACCACUCCUGAUGGUCUCUGAGCCCAAGUGAGCACGCAGGAGUUCUCUCAAUAUGAGAGACCUUCAACUGCGCCCCACAUUGGGCGCCAUCUGCCACGGCCUGAGGGAAAAAGGGAUAGGGACGCGGCACCACACAAAGGGUUCAGACGCAGCUGAGGGUCUGGGUGCAAUGCCGAUUUAUUGAGAGAACACAGGGACUUAUACAGGGUAAAUCUGAGGGGAGGAUUCAGAACUGGGGAGGAGCAUGGGACUGACAACUCAGGGGAAGACAGAAUUGGGAAACAGGGGAAAGGUGGGUGUAACUUCUGGGUAUUCAGGGGAAAGGACCAAUGGUAGCUCACUCUGCACUGCGGCAAACUCCAACCAAUCAGUGACAGAGGAGCAGGAAAGCAGGGGAGAACAAGUUGUUAAACAACUUUUGACGGGAAAAUCUGAGGGACAAGGGGGAAUAAUAUUGUGGUAAAUUAAACUUGAUGCAAAACCAAUGAUGAACUGGGGAAUAACAGUCAGUCCAAUAAGUUAACAGUCCAUUUAAGCUCUGUAAAUGUCCCUCCACGCUUGAAAUCUCUCCCAAUCGGACUUCUCAUUCUCCUCAGAGUGCCUCUGUUGAAACUUAUAACUUUAAAUUCUGUAUUGAUACUAUGUAGAUGCUGUCACUAAAAGGUGCAAGAUCAGUUUUAAAAAACUGCUAAUGUAUUUUUGAGGAUGACUUCAAUAAAUCUAUGUGGUUUUAAGUAAUGUACAUAUGUAAAGAAAUGAGUAGAGGGAAAAAAAUUGUGACAUGGUUACGCUAUAUCUGAGAGUGAAAUAUUCACUAGUAAAUCCAUUAAAAAUA